AUGUCAUUAACAACAAAAAAUCGUUUUUCACCAACAAAAAUGUUUCAAAAAAAAACUGGCAGUGAAUCUCCACCAUCUCAUUUAGCAUUAACAUCACCACCUUCAACAAUAAAACAUUGGUAUCAAACAUGUCAUGAAACAAUAUUAUCAUCAAAUGAUAAUAAUCAUUCAAUUCAAUUAAAUUUAUCUGGUGGUGCUGAUAAUGGUCAAUUUGUUUAUUUUAAUGAAUCAAUAUCAUUAUUAAAAACUAAUCAAACAUCAUUUCUUAUUCUUAAAGGUGGUAAAAUUGAUUUAGAUGAAAUUAUACUUGAAAUCGAUCAACAUAAAGUUGCUGGUUGUACAUUAGCUGAUGUUAAAUUACUUAUUGAAACACUUUCUAUUAAUGGAAAACAAAUUAAAUUGAAAACUGUCAAAUCGGGAUUAGGAUCGGCAACAACGAAUAAUAAUCCUAUAUUUGAAGAAUUACAAGGUUUAACCAAAGAUCUUCGUCAAUUUCUUGAUGCACGUUUUCAAAAAGGUUCAAUUGACCAUGACCUUCAACAAACAAUACGCGACAAUCUUUAUAUGCGAACAGUUCCUUGUACAACUCGCCCACCACGACCAGGUGAAAUAAACGGACAAGAUUAUACAUUCUUAAGUACGAAAGACUUUCGUGCGUUAGAAAAAAGCGGUAAUCUGCUCGAGAGUGGUGUCUAUAAAGGACAUUAUUACGGAACUCCACGGCCACCAAAAGAAGCUCUUUUAACAAACGGACAACAUCAAUAUCCUUCGUCAAUUUCAAAUAAUAAUCUUUUACGACGUAGUAAUUCAGCUAAUGAAAUGUUUCAACAACAACGUACAGCUGAUAAUGGAAUAGAAAAUAAUGGUAUGCAUUAUCAAUAUCCAAAUAAUGAUCCGGAAUUUUUCGUUGGUCAUAGUCCAAAUGAUCAAAUAUUUCAUCAAUCUAGUGGUGAAAAUCACACAUCAACAACACGAUCGAUGAUGAAUGAAAAUUCGACUUUAUCAGCACCACAUUUAUCAGGUGAAUUAAUAUCAUGUUCAUUGCAAAAAAGUCAAAAUGGUUUUGGUUUUACAAUAAUUGGUGGUAAUGAAAAAGGUGAACAUUUUCUUCAAAUAAAAGAUAUUUUAUCCGAUGGACCAGCAGCACGAGAUGGCAAACUUCGUCGAGGUGAUAUUCUUGUUUAUGUUAAUGAUACGAAUGUUUUGGGCUUUAGUCAUACAGAUGUUGUUCGUAUAUUUCAAUCUUUAUCUAUAAAUGAUAUUAUUCGUUUAACUGUUUGUCGUGGUUAUCCACUUGUUGUUAAUUUUGAUGAUCCACAAAUUGAUGUUGUUUCAUUAAAUGGUGUUCAUAAUUCAUUAUCAAUUAAUAAUUUACCUAAUGGUGGAUAUACAGAAUAUCAACCGGAUUCUCAUCAUCAUAAUUCUCCUCGUAUUUAUACAAUUAAAAUUCGAAAGGGUGAUAAUGGUUUUGGUUUUACUGUUGCUGAUAGUCCAUUAGGACAACGUGUUAAAGCAAUUGUUGAUAAACAACGUUGUCUAGAUCUAUGUGAAAAUGAUUUAUUAUUAUCGAUUAAUGGACAAGAUUUAAUUGGUAAACAACAUGCUGAUGUUGUUGAUAUACUUGUUAAAUGUUCAAAAGAUGUCGAAACGAUAUUCGUUAUACGACGAGGUGAUCCGGACGUCAAUAAUAAUAAUAAUAAUAAUAAUAAUAACAAUAACAACAAUAAUAAUAAUAAUAAUCCAUUUGUUGUAAAUGGUAUCAAUCGUUUUGAUAAACAUAAUCAGGAAAAUGAUCAAAUUGAUACUCGAUAUCCAACAUCCAAACUGAAUGAUAAACCUCGUAGUAAAACUCCAACACCAUUUGGUUCAACGCCAUUAACCGAUACAUUACCAUUACGUUCUCGAACACCAUUACCAACAACAACAACAACAAUACCAACAAAUAAUCAUCAACUAACACAUUCAACAACAACUGAUAAUAAUAAUCCAUACGAUAAUAAUUUAAGUUUUCUUCUACCAAAUAGUGUUGAUACAUCAACACCUAUUAUUGAAACAGAACUAUCUCCAAAUUCAAUGAAUACAUUUAAUCGUCAGACAGUUUGGUCACGUAGUGCACGUGACAUACGAACAACAGCAGCAACAACAGCAACAAAUGGAAAUACUUCUAUAUUACGAAGUAAAACUCCUGGACCAGAAUUUGGUACAACAAUAUCAUCAUCAUAUCGUGCAAAUACAUUAAUGGGAAUGAAACAACGAAGUAAAACACCAACAGCUAAUGAUUUUUCAUCAAACAAUUUACACAAUAGUCGAUCAUUACAAUCUGUUCAUCCACAAUAUUUUGAAUUAGUUGUUAAUUUAACAAUUUUACGUCCAAACGAUGGUUUUGGUUUAAGAAUUGUUGGUGGUGAAGAAGAAAAAUCUCAAGUAGCUGUCGGUCGUAUUGUUCCUAAUUCACCAGCAUAUAUUGAUGGUCGUCUUCGUAAAGGUGAUGAAAUUAUUAAAAUUGAUGGUCAUUCAACCAUACGUGCGUCACAUGAAAGAGUUGUUCAAUUAAUGCAACAAGCAAAAGAAAAUCAACGUGUCAGUUUAAUUGUUCGACGUUAUUUGUAUCCAAAUAAUAAUCAAUUAUCAAAUCAACAUAAUGAAAAAGAUAUUGAUCCAUAUUUGUCGAAUGAUUUGCGUACAAAUUCAUCAAUUGAUAAUGGAAUACGUUAUGUUACAUUACAAAAAAUGAAUGAUAAUCAAAGUUUUGGCUUUGUUAUUAUAUCAUCACAAAAUAAAGCCGGUGCUACAGUUGAUGACAAUCGACAUGAACAGAUUGAAAAUAGUGUUAUUCAUAAAGUUUGGAUAGGUAAAAUAAUUCCAAAUAGUCCAGCUGAUCAAUGUGGUCAACUUCAUAUUAAUGAUCGUAUCUUAGCUGUAAAUGGUGUUGAUUUAACUCAUAUGUUACAUACAGAUGUUGUUAAUCUAAUAAAAGAUUCUGGUCGAACAAUAACACUCAAAAUUGGUCCACCUAUUCAUUAUGAUGAUCGAUCGCAAGAAUUUCCAAAUCCAUUUUCAACAACGUCUAAUAAUACUCUACCUAAUGGUAUUCGACCAUCAUCUUCAUCACCAAUGGUUAUUGCUAAUGGUAAUCAUCAUUCAUUAACAAAUAAUACAUAUAAUUCAAUGAAUAAUGGACAUCAUUCAAUAAGAAAUGCAUUUUCACAUAAUCCAUUGAAUAUUCUUGAAAGAAAUCAAAAUCGACCACCAUCAAGAGGAAAUGGUGUUUUAAAAUCUUCAUCAUCAUCUACAGAUGAUUAUUUUACUGUUGAUCUUCAACGUUCAUAUCCAAAUACAAGUUUUGGAUUUAGUAUUCGUGGUGGACGAGAAUUUUCUAUUCCAUUAUUUAUAUUAAAAUUAGCUGAUAAUGGUCUAGCUGCACGAGAUGGUCGAAUGAAAUCGGGCGAUCAAAUUAUUGAAAUUAAUGGUCGUUCAACUUAUGGUAUGACUCAUAAUGAAGCAAUAUCAUUAAUCCGUGAUGGUGGACUCUAUGUUCGAUUAUUAUUAAGAAAAACAAAUGCACCUCCACCGAGUCUUGACGAAGUAAAAACAGCAAUGACACCAAUAGGACAUGGUAUAGAGUAUUAUAAUCCAGGUCCAAGUAGCCAUUGGCAACCAAGUGGUUACACAUAA